AUGACGAUGGAGAAUGCUCGAAGCAGGAUCCAGGCUGAAAAGCGAACCUGGGGCGACAAACUCCAACCCAUCCCCCAUACGGCAUCCGGAUCGAGAUCACCUCUAUCUGCGGGCCAUUUCAAGCCGAUGGCCGUCAGAGAAGAGAAGGCAAUGGCGUCCGCGACGUUGAGCGCCCAGAUCCAGGAAGCGCCGUCUGGGUCGGUCGAUCAAACACGUGGGGAACGGCAAUUUGCGGAUAAUGCUCUCCACUCCGACAACAACGACAUCGGCGCGUCUCCCUUGGACGCGUUUGAAGCCCCCAAUUCAGUUACCACAGUCACCAUGGUGUCUUCGCAGGCCAUGAUCUCGACCAAUGGGUGGUCUUUGGACGGCUUGUUAGCCCGGGGAAAUAAUUUCCACCAUGCCCGUCGCGUCCGCGCAACGUCAAGUCAGCUGUCCGACAUCCUCAAAGAUCAUGAGCAGAACGGGAUUCCCUUGGUAGUAGAGGGACUCCAUGAACACCGAAAUUGGAAGAAGGACAUGUUCGCUCUGGAACGCUUUGAAAGUGAGUCAGCCUCGAAAAACAUCAGCGUACGUAACGUGCACAACUGGUCUGACAAGACGAUACCGUUGAAAGAAUUCAUCGCGACUUCUCGUUCUGCCGGACCAUUCGCGAAAGAAAACGAGACAGAAAGGCUGUAUGGAAAAGACGCUGAUUGUCCCAAACGUUGGGAGGAUUGGUUGAACUCAGGCGGUGUUGUCCCUCCUGAUGUGCUCAGCCAAGGACAAGAAGAUUCGUUCAGAUACCGACCCGAAACUUCGCCUAUUCUGACGUUGAUGUGUUACUUGGGUGUCGGUGAUACCUUCACUCCCUGUCACAAGGACCUAUGCGCUUCCUCUGGCCAGAACCUGAUGUGCUACACAGAGAAUGAUGGCUCCUCAUUCUGGUUUAUGACAGAAGGCCCAAGUGCACCAGAGGCAUCUAAAUAUUUUCACGAACUGGACCAGGAACUCGACCACGAGAACCAUGUCAUUACAGUCGAAGAGCUUGCGAAGGCCCCGUUCAAGGUCUACAUCCUCGAGCAGAAACUCGGCGACUUGGUUCUCGUUCCGCCUCGAAGCUGCCACCAGGUAGUCAAUUACGGCGGCAUCACGAUCAAAACAUCUUGGUCUCGGAUGACCUUGAAAGGCUUGUCAACUGCCUAUUAUCAUGAGCUUCCCAUUUAUCGCAGAGUUUGCCGUUACGAAACAUAUCGAAUCAAGAGCACAAUCUAUUAUGUUCUAAUGGGCAAGCGAAGAGAGCUUAAGCAACUUCUCAAAUAUGUCGUCAAACCGCAGGCAACUUCGUCUACUAGAAAACGAAAAUACAAGUCUGACGAUACAUCAACGUCCUCUGGCGGUCGGUCCGCAAUGGAUAGCCUCGCUUCAGAGCUGAAAGACCUUCUCUCGCUCUAUGAUUCAAUUCUUCUUGAAGAGUCUGACAAGAGCUCUGGCCGCAUGCCCAAAUUGGAUGAUUCGAAAUCAUUCAAUGACGACGCUCGUAUCGUCUGCGAUUUCUGUGGAUGCGAUGUCUUCCAAAGCUUCUUCGAAUGCCAUCGCUGUGUCCAUAGAGACUCGUCGGAGGAAAGCUAUGUCUACCGGCAUUGCAAGCCAGCUAAGACCCAAUUCAUGGAAUUAGGCUGGUAUGAUGUUUCAGCACAGACGCACGAGAUAUACGAAGAUGAAGAAACAGAUUCAUCGACGGAUUCAGACUCGUCAUACUUGCCCCUUCAGGCCGCAUCGAAGAGAAAAGCCACGACCAGUCGCUCAUCUUCGACUUCCGUUCUUCGGAUCCUACUUCCCAGCCGACAGGUUGGCAACUCUGGUGUGGCUACCGACUCUGAAAGUGUCCCGGGACCUUCUGCCUCGCCGAAAAAAAAAAUGAAGGUGUACAUCGAUGUGCCACUAGCACCAUAUCACAUCCCAGGCUCUCGUUACUCUACGGGCAAGGUUGUACCUGCUGAUAGGUCAAUUCAGCUUGAAUCCUCGACGACCAGGAAACAGAGCACGGCCGCUGAAAGCCGGCUGACGACAGCUAGCGGCGCACCUGUAGCCAGUACAUCAUACCCGUCACUUGCUAGACCUCAACUAAAGACGAUCACCAUACGUCUGGGAGAGUAUGAAGUCGCGGGACCUGGUCAAGGUGCUGCCCGACCCGCAGAGCGCAUCUUAAUCGCGAAAUCUGGACUGCGCGUCCGCCUUUCUGAACCCCGGAGGGAAGAUAAACCUAUCCCGAGGAAUGUGGAAACGACGCGAAAGGCAGCCACCCCUCCAUCUUCUUCGCUGCAGGAACCAGAUUCGUAUCGAAAGAAGCUUGCAGGACUCCGAUUCAAGAAGCUUCCUCGGGAGGAAAAAGAAAUAUCUCCCAGUUCUUCUAGUGCCUCUGUAACUGUUGCUGCUAGUGAAGACCCUGAUCCCGUGCAAGACGACCCCCCGCCAGUGGAUAAUCGCCAGCAGCAAGUUUGGAACGAGAAUGCAUCGUAUCCCGGUUACCCUGACACUGGCUCUGUAGCACUACCUUAUCAACCUUGCAAUUACCCGAAUCCAUAUUUUGUUCAAAACCAGUACCAGCAAUGUGCGUCCACUAUAUUUGCGGAGAUGGGACACAUGAGGCUGGGUGCCGCAGAUCAUGGAGGUGGAGCAUCUACAAGUACUGGACCCAAUGCCAGCCAGACGCAGGAGAAAAAUGAAGCACAAUGUUCUCCUGUGCCGAACGAUGGGCCGUCUCGUCCUCUUCCUGGAAGUGGUGUCAAUCCUCAUCAACACUCCCAUCCCGCAUUCCGUCACGGAAAUGUCCCCCCUGGUGCUCCUUUCCCCUACCCACCCGGGCCUCCAGCAUUUGGGAACUGCCACUCGAUGCAGAACGACGCACGCUUUCAACAUCCUAAUCCCACAAUCCCCACCGGCAUAGUUGUUCACUGGGACCCAGUUCAGAGGUAUUAUGUCAUCCCUGGACCAUUUCCCCCACAUCCUUCGGCAUGGAUGGCAGCAGGAAGCGUUCCUCCUCCUUUCCUCCCCCAAGUUGGAGUACCUCCGACAUUCCUCCAACCUCCUCAAGCAGCAGGUCCCCCUAUGCAGCGGCUUCCGCACCCUGUACCACACCCUCCGCCACACCCCAUCUCGGAAGCAGGCCCUUCUCCUUCCUCCAGUCAUGCUCAUCAUAAGCCUUAUGGUCAUCACAUUCUUCAUUCUCGUGACGAACGGUCGUAUAGCCGAAGGCGCGAAGACCAACCUUUUUAUCCACAGGCUCCCUUCUCAGUAGUACCCUAUUUCGAUGGCUUGGAUCAUAGCAUUCUGCCAGGACAGGAGAAUCGGGAAAUGACCCUCAUCGAACUCACCCCAUAUCAACCGCCCUCGCACCCAAUGCAACCUCCUGAUUCCGGACCUUCAGGUCACCAGACGCCUCGUACACCGACACAAUUUCGAAGCCCAGUCAUUUCCAUGGGCCAGCAGGAACAACUAUCUCUAUCUCCUGUUCUGAGUACAUCCCCUUUGCUUAACUUAGAAGAAUUGUGCAUGCCUGAGCCCGCGAAGACCCCAACAGAGCCACCAGACCCGGAAGCAUGGGAAGAGUAUUAUGAGCAGGACGAACCAAUUGUACGUUCCCGUCCGGUGUUCGUUGCAGGUUUCAAUCACCCAAAACCUGCUCCAAAAGGGACCCAAUGA